AUCACAGCCCGCUCUCCAUACAUCGUAAAUCUCCAUAGUAUCCGAUCAUCGAUAAUUCACAAUAUCUCUUUAGAACCAUAACUAUGGACAAGCUCAGCGGUCUAGCCUCUAAACUCGGUGGCAAACACAAGGACGAGUCGAAAGGCAGCGGCGAAGCCGGAGGAAGCGGUGGAAGCAACGACCAAAAGGACUAUCUUGACAAGGGCCUGGAUUCCGUCGAGCGAAAAUUCGGCGGUGGAAAGAUCGACCCCGACAAGAUGCGCGACACCAACGAGAAGAUCACGGACACCGCGCGCGAGAAGUUCGAGGGCGCUACAGGGAAGAAAGUACCAGAGAAAUUUUCCAAUUAGCUCGUUGCGCAAGUAGGGAUUACGUUUAUAAUCAGAUAGCUUAAU